GCUGUCUGUCGAUAAGUAUCGCACGAACGCUGCAUCUCUCUUUCUCUUCAGCGCGCAUCAUGUCCGUGCACAUCAAAGAAAUACAGACAAACCCGUUUGAUGGUCAGAAGCCCGGAACAUCAGGGCUGCGGAAGAGGGUGAAAGUGUUCCAGCAGGAGCAUUACACCGAGAACUUCAUUCAGUCAAUCUUCGAUUCCGUAGAUGCGAAGGGCCAAACACUGGUCAUCGGUGGCGAUGGUCGUUUCCUCGUGCCCGAGACCGUACAGACUAUCCUCAAGAUUGGAUCUGCAAAUGGGGUGGGCAAGUUCCUCAUCGGAAAGGACGGGAUUCUGUCUACACCUGCGGCAUCGAAUGUCAUCCGCAAGUACAAGGCUUACGGUGGCAUCAUCCUCACGGCUAGCCAUAAUCCAGGAGGACCGAACAAUGAUUUCGGCAUCAAGUACAACAUGUCGAAUGGUGGACCUGCUCCAGAAAGUGUUACAGACUUAAUCUUCAAGAGAACGAAGGAGAUCACGAGUUACAAGGUCCUUGAGUGUCCGCCAGUGGAUCUUUCAAGCAUUGGGAAAACGAAGUAUGGACCAACGGAUGUGGAGAUCAUUGACUCUGUGUCAGAUUACCUCGAACUGCUAGAGGGCAUCUUUGAUUUCUCUCUAAUAAAGGAAUUCCUCCAGAAGACUCUGGACUUCCGUGUACUGUUUGACGGCCUGAACGGUGUUACAGGGCCUUAUGCGCGAGCUAUCCUUAUAGAUACGCUUCAGUUGCCCGAGACAUCAGUCCAAAACUGUGUCCCAUUACCUGACUUUGGUGGCGGACACCCAGACCCAAACCUGACAUAUGCGCACACUCUUGUCGAAGCAGUGGAGGGGAAUAAUAUCCAAUUUGGAGCUGCUAGUGAUGGCGAUGGUGAUAGAAAUAUGAUCUACGGAAAGGGUGCUUUCGUAACUCCGAGCGACUCUGUCGCAAUUAUUGCUGACUGGGCGGAAGACUGCAUCCCGUACUUCAAGUCUGGUAUCAAAGGUCUCGCGCGCAGUAUGCCUACCAGCGCUGCUAUCGACUAUGUGGCAAAGAAGAAGGGCAUUGAGUAUUUUGAGGUUCCUACUGGCUGGAAAUUCUUCGGUAACCUCAUGGAUGCGGGACGUCUCUCCAUUUGCGGCGAGGAGUCCUUCGGGACCGGGUCCGAUCAUAUCCGCGAGAAAGAUGGGAUUUGGGCAAUCGUCGCUUGGCUGAACAUUCUCGCUGCGGCGAACAACAAGUCACCCGGCAAGAUUGUCGGUAUCAAGGAGAUCCAGCUGGAUCAUUAUGAAAAAUAUGGUCGUUCUUUCUUCUCACGUUACGACUAUGAGGAAGUUGCAUCAGAUGCGGCGGGAAAGAUGGUCGAUGCCUUGAAUAAGCACAUUGCUGAUGGCUCGCUUUUGGGCAAGGAGUUCAAGGCUUCAACGGGUGAAUCAUUCACUGUAUCGGAGACGACGAACUUUGACUACACAGACCCGAUUGAUAAAAGUGUAUCCAAGAACCAGGGUCAGAUUGUACGGUUCUCCGACGGCUCUCGUGUCGUGUUCCGCCUGAGUGGUACUGGCAGCCAGGGUGCGACUGUACGUAUGUACGUGGAGAAGUAUACAAAGGAUGUGAAGCAAUACGGGCAAGAGACUGCAGAGGGCCUUAAAGGUCUCAUUGAGGUCGCUCUGUCCAUUAGCCAACUUAAAGAGUUCUUGGGACGUGACAAGCCGACUGUGAUCACGUAACUCCGCUGUAGAAACCCAUGAAGACCAGUGAACGGCAUUAGACGUGCAGGUGGACUUGCGAAGUACCAAAUAUAAUAUUAAAGCAAUGAGGCAUGUAAGAUUCACGAGAAUGUCGUAUAAAUUGAGACAAUUCAUCUGUUUCCCUACGAG